GGGCUAGUGAAUGGGUCGACCCCUACGGCUGGAAUUCCUGAGCUCCCAAGGCUGCAGGGAAGGGGUGGGGAGCUAUUUGCCAAGCGGCAGAGCCGUGCCGACAGCCUGCUUCCCACUCAUUCCAGGUCAAAUCCAUUUCCACCAUGCCGCUCUCAGGAACCCCAGCCCCUAACAAGAGGAGGAAAUCCAGCAAACUGAUCAUGGAACUCACUGGAGGUGGGAGAGAGAGCUCAGGCCUGAACCUGGGCAAGAAGAUCAGUGUCCCAAGGGACGUGAUGUUGGAGGAGCUGUCGCUACUUACCAACCGAGGCUCCAAGAUGUUCAAGCUUCGGCAGAUGCGGGUGGAGAAAUUUAUUUACGAGAACCACCCAGAUGUUUUCUCUGACAGCUCAAUGGAUCACUUUCAGAAGUUCCUUCCCACAGUGGGAGGACAACUGAAGACAGCCAGUCAGGGAUUCUCCUAUGGCAAGGGUAGCAGUGGAGGCCAGGCCAGGGGCAGUGGUUCUGCUGGACAGUAUGGCUCUAACGACCACCAUCAUCAGGAUUACAGCUUUGGAGCUGGGGGUGCAGGUGGUCCUGGGGGCCAGGCUGGCAGAGGAGCAGCUCCUGGCACAGCAGGGAUUGGAGAGCCAGGAACAGGUGACCAGGCAGGUGGAGAAGGAAAACAUGUCACUGUGUUCAAGACUUAUAUUUCCCCAUGGGAUCAGGCCAUGGGGGUUGAGCCUCAGCAAAAAGUGGAACUUGGCAUUGACCUAUUGGCAUAUGGGGCAAAAGCUGAACUCCCCAAAUAUAAGUCCUUCAACAGGACAGCAAUGCCCUAUGGUGGAUAUGAGAAGGCCUCCAAACGCAUGACCUUCCAGAUGCCCAAGUUUGACCUGGGGCCUCUGCUGAAUGAACCCCUGGUCCUCUACAACCAGAACCUCUCCAACAGGCCUUCUUUCAAUCGAACCCCUAUUCCCUGGUUGAGCUCUGGGGAGCCUGUAGACUACACUGUGGAUAUUGGCAUCCCCUUGGAUGGAGAGACAGAGGAGCUGUGAAGUGAGCUGUGAAGUGUUUCCUCCUAUAAUUCACAUCUUUUCCCCUCUUGGCUUCCCAUUUGAGAGGGGUUCCUGGACAGGAUUUUCCAACUGUUACUCCAGUAUCCUUGUGGCAGUGGAGGGUGAAGGGUGGGAGCCAUCGCCUUUCUACACUUUAAGUUCCCACUCCAAAGCACCCCUCCUCACCAGCUCAGAGCUCCCACUCCGUUGUUCCUCCAUAUGGCAUCUGCUCUUUUAUGUGAUUUUCUUCACCACCAGUAACAGUCAAUAAACUUCAAGGAACCAAACUUAUUCUUCCUCUGAUAUUUGAAGGCUGAUGAAAAUGGAGGCCGGUGAUGCACAAAGACCAAUUAAAGCUAAAUAUUAAACACUCAUUGUUUAGACUUUAAGACCAUAUGUGAGCUUCAGUUGCUUCCAUACCCCACCCACCAAACCACAUUCAUCAUGUAUAUCAUUCAGUAUCACAUGAGAUAAAUUCUCAUAUGUAAAACUACAUGCUGGUCCAUGUGUGCAUAAAGCUAAGAAGCUAUUGUACACUGAUUAGGAAAUAAAUGUUGGCAAUACUG